CCUAACAAAAACGAGAACAUAAUUGAAGAAACCAAACCUCAAAGGGUAAGUUAAUGCCACAGUAUAUCGUCAAGCACAAGCACUCGCACUUAAAAGGUUGCUCAGCCAACGACUCCAAUAAGAAAAUGGUUACUUUAUCUCCCAAAUUAGUCACGAUAAUAACGCUCCUAAUCUCAUUCCCUCUCACCCGAUCAAUUUUUGACACCUCAUCACCCACUAUCGAACUUCCGAUUUCCACCCACUCUCCUCCCAUCACACUCUGCGUCUCCGACUUCGGUGCCACCGGAGAUGGUCUUACCUACGACACCGUCGCCAUUCAGUCGGCCAUCGACGCAUGUCCCUGCACAAUUCCAUGUCACGUGACGUUCCCACCUGGCACAUACUUAACCGCCACCAUACACCUGAAAUCCCGUGUGAUCCUGAACAUCGAAGAAGAUGCUGUGCUUCUGGGUGGCACGGAGAUAGAAGACUACCCAAAAGAGUCGUCUAGAUGGUACGUGGUGAUGGCGGAGAACGCGAUUGAUGUUGGGAUAACGGGGGGAGGAGUCAUAGAUGGUCAAGGGCUUAAGUUUGUUGUGAAAAAAAACGAGAAGAAAAAUGUGAUGGUGAGUUGGAACCAAACUGGUGCUUGCUCGGGUGAUGAGUGUAGGCCAAGAUUGGUGGGAUUUCUGAAUUGCAAGAACGUCAAUAUUUGGGGCGUUAGGUUAAGAGAGCCGGCUUACUGGUGUUUGCACAUAGUACGUUGUGAAAACACAUCAAUUCAUGAUAUUUCUAUUUAUGGAGACUUUAAUACACCUAACAAUGAUGGAAUAGAUAUCGAGGAUUCAAAUAACACUGUGAUUACAAGAUGCAAGAUUGAUACAGGAGAUGAUGCAAUCUGUCCGAAGACAUACACAGGCCCCCUCCAUAAUUUGACAGCUACAGAUUGUUGGAUCAGGACAAAAUCUUCUGCAAUCAAACUUGGUAGUGCUAGUUGGUAUGAUUUUAAGGGGCUGUUGUUUGACAAUAUCACUAUUGUGGAUUCUCAUAGGGGCCUAGGUCUGCAAAUUCGCGAUGGAGGAAAUGUAAGCGACAUUACCUUUUCCAACAUAAAUAUAAGCACAAGAUACUAUGAUCCAUCUUGGUGGGGGAGAGCAGAACCGAUAUAUGUAACAACUUGUCCGAGACACACUAACUCAACAGAAGGGUCAAUCUCUAAUUUACUCUUCAUCAACAUCACUGCAAAUUCUGAAAAUGGCAUUUUCUUAUCUGGUUCAAACCAUGGGCUACUAUGCAAUGUGAGAUUCAUUAACAUGAACCUCAGUUACAAAAGAUGGACAAAUUAUUCAGCUGGAUUGGUGGACUACAGACCAGGAUGCCAGGGACUUGUAAAUCACAGUGCAGCUGGGAUCAUCAUGGAACACAUACAAGGCUUUGAAGUUGAGAAUGUAAACAUGAGAUGGUACGAUGAUGAUGAAACAGAGAGAUGGAACAAUCCCCUGGACUUCAGACCUUCCACUGUAACUAAUAUUUCUUUGCUUAAUUUCCAUUCAGGUUUGUACAAACAAUGACAAAACAGAAAGAUGGCAGAGCAAGCUAUCCUGAGUGAUUGUUUUUCUUUUAUGGAAAUAAUGGAAUGGAGUGGAGCAAUCACAUUCUUUUCAGAAUGUUAGUUGCUAUAUUAAAAAUA